AAACGAAACAAUCUUUAUUUUUGUCUGUACAAUCUGUUUUAUAGAUAAAUGAACCAUUUAGUGCAAGACAAAAUACUUCUUUGGAUCAAAAUAUUAAAAAAAACAAGUUUUUACCGGCAAUAUUGUAACACUAGCACAAAUGGUAUGGUGAUACAAAAUUCUUUUUUUUAUAAAAAUGCAUGAAUAAAUCAUUGCAAAUGUUCUAAAAUAUGAUAGAUAAGAAAUUGCUGUAAAAGAUUAUGUUGAAAUCACAAAUCUGCAAUAAAUUUUAAAAAUCAAUAUUCGCCGGGAACUUUUUGGUCACCAAAACGUGAAAUCUGCCAUAUAUGCGCACUGAAUGAAAUAUCAAGUGCAUUGGUUCACCAUCUCUUAUACACCAACAUUUAUGACUGAAGGUUGAAUAAGUGUACACUCCAAAUGAGACUGAGGAUGAAGUUUCGCCACCGUGUCGCAGUGUUUUGUGGGCUUUGUGCAGUGGCCUUUAUCUACAUUCUGAUGAUCUUUCUAGGUCUACUGCCCAAUACUUUCAGCUCACAUCAAGAAAAGCUUAGGAAAUUUAUGGAGCAGAAUCCUCUUCAAUUUCACUUCUAUAGGAGCCAAAUUAGUAGCGGUGAAUGCCGGGCCGAUUUUAGCACCCCUAAAGGUGUUAUAUCAACACUGGAGAUCUCUCAGAAAACCAACUACAAGAGUUCUGGUGGAGAUUACGUUCUACCACAUCCGCCUGUGGACAAGGUGGCUUAUGGCGCAGGCCUGGAGCCGCUCAAGGUGAUAAUCAUGCCUCACUCCCACGUGGAUCCUGGAUGGAUUGAAACAGUCGAUGGUUACUACAACAAGAAAGUUCGAAGCAUCCUUGACAGUAUGGUACGCAAGCUGCACAUAUACAAUGACCUGACAUUUAUCUGGGCAGAGAUUGUGUUCUUCAGCCGAUGGUGGGACGAGAAAACAGACCUUAUCAGGCUGCAGGUGAAGGAUCUUGUCAAGGAAGGUCGGCUUGAGUUUGUAUUGGGAGGAUGGGUGAUGCCAGAUGAAGCCAGCACCAGUUACACAUCGGUCAUCGACCAACUGACCGAAGGACAUCAGUGGCUUCUGGACAAUCUAGGGGUCAUUCCAAACAACAGUUGGUCAGUUGACCCUUUUGGCCACUCCGGAACCAUGCCGUAUAUUUGGAAGCUAGCAGGGAUGAAAAAUAUGGUGAUCGGUCGUAUACAUCAGGCUGUCAAGGGACAGCUUAUACAUGAUGGAAAUUUGGAGUUUAAUUGGAAACAAGUGUGGGAUGGUUCCAAUGAUGGGGAUAUCUUCUGCCACGUAAUGCCCUACAUGAUUUAUACUCUACAUCAGACAUGUGGCCCAGACAAGUACAUUUGUUCACAGUAUGACUUCAAGCAGAAACCUGGCGAUCCUAUGAAUGUAUUCGUUAAGCCUAUUACUCCCGAAAAUAUUGCCAAGCGAGCUCAAAGAUUAUAUGAGCAGUAUAGAUUGAAAGGGAGCAUCUUUAAGCAUAAAACUAUAUUAGUUGCCUUAGGUGAUGAUUUUAGAUUUAAUCUACCAGAAGAGUGGGAUCAACAGUAUGAGAAUUAUAAAAAACUGAUGGAUUAUAUGAAUAAUCAACGCGAAUGGAAGAUUAACGUUAAGUUUGGUACAUUGAAUGACUUCUUCAAAAAUGUGAGGAAAAGUGAAAAGGAUAAGGGUAUUCAGUUUCAGUCCAUAAGUGGGGAUUUUUUUCCAUACUCCGAUCAUGAUUCAGCUUAUUGGACUGGAUAUUUUUCAACAAGGCCCUUCGAUAAAAGGUUUUACAGAGAAACUGAGUCAAAGCUACACUCUGCUGAGAUAAUGCAUGCAGUUGCCAGAGCGUACAGUAAAAAAUGGCAAAGCGAACUCGUAGGAGGAAAUAGAGUACCCAAGUUGUUAAGUGAAGCUAGGAAUAAUUUAGGCUUAUUUCUGCAUCAUGAUGCCGUAACGGGAACGUCCAAAGAUUAUGUGAUGGAAGAUUAUGAAAACAGACUGCUUGAUGCUUAUAACAAUGCUGGCAUGGUUAUAAAUUAUGCUGCACAAUUUUUAUUGACUCAAGGGAAGCUUCCAAGCGAUCCCCCAGUCUUUGAACAAGAAUUAACGAGAUUGGAUGGAAAACAUUUCGCCAUGCAUAAUACAAUAAAUGUCACCAAGUCAGGAUCAAGGAUAGCCCUGUUUAACCCCACUGGUCAUAUCCGAUCAGAAUUUGUUGAAUUUAUAGUUGACAGCAUUGAUCUUGAAAUUAAAGACUCCAAAAGAAAGGUUAGGCCGUUUCAGAUAAAUCCAGUGUAUACCUCGCCGACAGAAGUGGAUAGAAAGGUAUUCGAAAUUGUCUUUCUUGUAGAAAUCCCAGCAUUUAGUAUUGAGACAUAUAUUAUUCAGAAAACCAACAAAUCACCUUCCGGUUUUUGGUCCAAGAUAAAAGUAUACAACUCUGAUGAAUUUAUUGUCGGCCCGGAGUUGAAAUUUGAGCAAGAAAUUCCAAGACGAAGAGGGAAUGUCCAUGAACCUAUUUUUAUAGAAAAUAGCCAAAUUGGUGCAGAAUUUAAGUCCUUCAAUGGUCUUUUGACUAAAAUUGUCGAUAAAACCAACAAUCGAACUAAAGAGACACAAGUUUUAUUAGAUUUCAAGGAGUACAAAUCAAGAGGAAGUGGUGCUUACAUAUUUUUUCCGUAUGGAUCAGCCAACGAUAUUGUUCAACCUACACCAGUUGUAAGAGUAGUGGAAGGGCCGUUUGUUACUGAGGUACAGGUUCCAUUCUAUUGCAUGUACCAUCGCGUGAAACUGUAUCAUCACCCCGGUUUACAAGGUAGACAGUUACACAUUCAGAACACUUUGGACAUGUUUGCUGUGAAUUUCCGCGAUAAGGAACCGAUUAUGAGACUGUCAACCAGCAUUUUAAACGAGAAAGGCUCAUUUUUCACCGACCAAAAUGGUUUCCAAUACGUUCAAAGAAAAAGUCACCCAACUGAUAAGAACUAUCAAAAUAUUGAGCGCAAUUACUACCCAGCUACAACAAUGGCUUUCCUUCAAGACUCUGAUACAAGGAUAACUCUUCAUACGGGUCAGCCAAUGGGAGUGGCCUCCCUUGAAAGAGGAUGGCUAGAGGUCAUGCUUGAUCGACAGCUGUUGUACGAUGAUGGGCGGGGUUUAGGGGAGGGUGUGUCCGAUAAUAAAUUGACCAUGACCUCAUUCAUUCUGCAAGUCGAGCACAGUGACCUAGCUCUGAGGGAAACAACUUUUUCAUACCCUUCAAUACAGAGCUUAGUGACUAACGAGGUAUUAAUGCACCCUCUUGAGCGAAUAUUUUCGCUGAUUAACUCAGAUAUUGUAAAUUUAAAUUUUUCACCUAUGCAAAAUAGUUUACCUUGUGACAUCCAUAUUUCUAGUAUGAAAACUUUGUAUCAUUCCAAUGGGAAUUGUGAAGGAACAGGUCUUGUGUUACAUAGGAGGGGUUUCCGGUGUGGUUUGCCAACUGACGCUGUGCCAUGCCUAGAAAAGGACAUAAAUCUGGAAGGGUUAUUUCCUGGUGUAGAAGAUAACAGCAUUCAAGAGACAACUUUGGGAUUUACCAAGAAGAAAGCCAGUCAUGUGUCAUUAAGAAAACUAGAUGUAUCUCCCAUGGAGAUCAAAUCAUUCCUCAUUAGUGAAAAUAAUUAGUUAGACUGUGAUGCAUGUUCAAUUAUGUGUGAAUUUCUUCUCAUGCUUAUUAUAAUGUUACCAUUAAAUUUGCUGUAUUUUUUAUUGCUGUGAGUAAGAAAUGUCCUAGUAUAGUCGGCAUUGACAAAAUAAUUUGUUUAUAUUUAGAAAUAAAAAACAUACUGCAUACAGUUGAAACCCAUUUACUUGACAUUGCUUAGCUCGAUUUCCUUGUUGGCUCAAACUAAAUGUAAAGGACCGAAUUUUUCACUCUAUGUAAGCACUGCUGCUUGGUUCGAUAUUCGUGAGGCUCGAAGUAUUUUGGCUUCAUUCCUGAUUUCGGCCGGUUCCUGGGAUAUCGAGCCAAGGGUUUUGAAAGUCACUGUAGAUAGAAUUGGUUGAAAUAGGCCUCUUGAAAAGCCCUAAUUACCAACUAGCGAAAAGGAUUUACUAAAAUGAUAACCAUUUUAAUGUGUCUUCCAACAACCCACAAUAGUUUUUAAAACAUUAAAGAUGCACUCUUACUCCAACAUUAGAUUUACCACAAUUAAUACGAUUGUUUUGUUAUUCCAAAAACAAAAAAGGCUGAAUAAAUGUCGAAAACAAUGGUUCUUAUGAAGGAUACCCAUUUUAUUUUGAAGGAAAUGUGCAUAAAACACAGUAUUUCUACCAUUUGAGAUCAUAGUAGAUCACAGUAUCACAGUAAUUCUUUUAGCAUUCACCAAUCAUUAAAUAUUUUUGCGUUUUCAGCUAUUAAAUACACGGUUACAAUAUUCUUGCCAGUAAUUAAUAUUUUCCAUAAAUGCAUUAUUUAGUAAGUAGUUAAAGGUUUAUCACCCAAAUUAUAAAUUAUAUGGAGUGUAUGCAUUGAUAUUGAAUAAGAAUGUCACUUUAACAAUAAACAUUCAAAUGUUGACCACUUUUAUUUUAAUGUUAACACUUCUUAAAUUGUGUUUAUAUUUUACAUGAAACUCACCAAGAGCAUUCUGUCUACAACGGUUGUAUGGAUAAGGUUUCUGAUUGUAGAUUUUAAAGUUGCACUCUUACAGAUUGACCUUUUUGACAACUUUUUUAUAUUUUGUCUUGGAAUGAGCAAUUUUUUGCGUAAAUGUCUUAAGACCAGUGAUAUAAAAAGCCUAUAUAACUGCUGACAAAAGAUCAGAUUGCAGUUUUCAUAUAGAUUUACGUUUGAAAAUAAAAUGAUGUUUUAUGCCGAUUGACUCAUUUUUCUUAAAGUAUUAGUAAUGCUAAAAAAAGUAACACUUUUAGCCAUGAAAUAUCAGUUUUCGAAUGUAAAUUUGAAAAACAACAAUCUGAUAUUUUUCCACAUGUUUGGUCCCUGCUGCCAGCGAAAUAUUGUUUCAAUUUAUUAUUUUUCUAUUUUCUUUUUUAUUCUUAUAUAUAUCAUAUAUAUUUUGUUUUUAAAACAUCUCUUUGAUGUAUGUUGAACAAGUUCUUCCGAAAAGAUUUAUAUUUGAUAACAUGAAAAAAAUGAUAAAUGUAAAAUAGUAAUUGCAACCUGUAUUAAACCUAUAUGUCUAUUUGUAUUUUGAAUUGUAUACAUGUACACAUGUUUUGUUGAACUAUACACUUACAGUAAAUUAAAUAAAACUGUUUGAAAGUUGCUAUGAUACACAAGUACUUUUUUUACUUGGUACAAAUGUUUAUGGUAUAUUUUUUCAUAAGUAUUAUGCCCCCAUUCAGAGAUGAUAUGGAAUUUAUGUAUUCAAAUGUUGGUCAGUCAGUCUUAAACUGUAAAAUGAAUGAAGGAUGAAUUUGCCUUAAUCAAAAGAAGUCCCUUUGUUCUAUGGGUCAGUAGGUACAUUUGUAGAAUUAAUUGUACACACAAUAUAGGUAUUGCUUACAAAGUUAAAAAAACUUUGGUCAUACAAUAACCCCAUAUAACAGUAUGACCUGGGACCAUGAAACUUCAAUGGUAGAUUGUAUUGAUAUAUUUGGAGGCAUUUUUUAUUCGAAAUCUGAGAGAAAAGUGUGACUUAUAAUCAGUGAUUUACGAUUCAUCUACAUUCCUAAAGUUUAUUGAUGUUAAAUUUUAUAUUUGAUCUAUAUAUAAACUUGAUUUAUAUUGUACUUAUAAUAAUAUAUAUUUUACAUAAGUGAAAUACAUUGCUAUACCAAAUGUAAAAGAAUAAAAAAAUAAACAUGUACAUUUAUUGUUAGGCUCUUGUUAAAUCGUUUGAUGUCCUGAUCUACUGUACCAUAUAAUUAUACCAUAAAUGUCCUAUGUGACACGAUGCACAUCUUUUCAAGUGUCUAUUUUCUGAUUCGGCAACUUGAACAAUGCUUACAAGCUUAAAGAUGCACUUUUACUCCCAAAUAAGAUUUCCCACAAUUUAUACAAUUGUUUAAAUAUACCAAAA